UAUUAUUGUAAAGGGUAAUGAAAUAAACAACCAGAAUGACCACGCUACCAAAAAUAGCUCAAACCAGUACGCCGUUACCACGGAAAUGUUCAGUGACUGAACCAAUCAGACGAUCUCAAACUUCAGUUUCCUUAUACGGACCUUAUCCACCACCACAUUUAUCUAACCAAUGGGAUUACUUGCAGACUCCUCCGAGAAUCAAUCCCAUUGGUCCAAUGCCACCAAGAAAACGUAUCAACACAAGUUGGGAAACAAUCCCCGCCCACUUUCAUAAUGAUAGUAGAAGGAUUUUGAUGCAGCAGAGAGAGCAUGAACGUUAUCAUUCUGCCUGGUCUAAAGCCUUUUAUGGCAAUCCUGCUGAGAGAGAGUCAUACAAUAAGCACUUUCGAGAGGUAUUAAAACAACAGAUGUCUGACCAGGAUUCAUGGAAACGUCAAAAUCUAAUAAAUAAAGUACAAGAAAGUGAACAGGCUGUAGAAUAUGAUAGAACUUGUCUUCAGAAAGAUUUCGAAGAUCAUCUCACCAAAUUCAAUUAUCUCAAAAAUUUCAGAGAUGAUAAUAAAAAGCUGAUGGAGAAAAAAUGGGAAGUAUCGAAAGAUAGCCAGAGAAAAAGUAAUCUAUAUGAGAGAGAAAUUAUUAGAUAUAAUCCAAUCAACUGGAGUUGUACAUUAAAAUAAACUUUUCUAACAAACAUUUUCAUUGGACAAUAACUGUGAUACUGAGUUUUGAUUGGACAAAUUUAUCAUCAAUCAGGAGACAAUCGUUUCUACGGUGCAAAAUUUUAGCCUUAACAUGAUUGUU